AUGAGUGGAGGAGCGAAGAAUGGAAUCGCGCUGUGGCGGAGGGGACCAUUUCGAACAGUGGUCGCUUUGCUGUUAGUCGGAACAAUCUAUUUGGGGAUUUAUGGAGAUCCAAAAAGAGAUACUCGACAAAAAUCAUUGCAACCGAUUCCUCAAUCAUCCGCUCAUCGAUAUUUCUUUCGACAUUUCAGCUUUAUGCCUACAUGCCAAAACACUUCAACAAAACCAGUUGAAAACUCGAUUGAAGAAGUGACUGAAGAUGGACAAUUCCCUCCAGAUCUCUUUACAAUUGAUCAACGACAGAAAGGAGCUGUUUUCCUUCACGUCAUCGGCUUGGUCUACAUGUUUGUAGCAUUGGCAAUCGUUUGCGAUGAGUUUUUCGUCCCGUCACUUGCUGUUCUCACCGAUACACUUGCAAUUUCAGAUGAUGUUGCUGGAGCUACAUUCAUGGCUGCUGGUGGUUCAGCACCUGAAUUUUUCACUUCUGUAAUUGGUGUCUUCAUUGCGCAGAAUAAUGUCGGAAUUGGGACAAUUGUUGGCAGCGCUACUUUCAACAUUCUCUGCGUGCUCGCUUGUUGUACUCUUUUCUCUACAACUGUUCUCCAAUUGACAUGGUGGCCAUUGUUUAGGGACGUCUCCAUCUAUAUUUUUGCUCUCUUUCUCUUGGUGAUCUUUUUCCUUGAUGAAAAGAUAACUUGGCCUGAAGCUCUUGCAUUAUUCCUUAUCUACCUCUUUUAUUGUACAUUUAUGAAGUACAAUGAAAAAGCUGAGCACUUUGUGAAAGUUCGACUUCUGGGCGAAAAAAUGGAAAUUCAAGAGAUGGGAGAAGAUGUGGAGGGAAUGAAGUUGAAGGCCAAUGAUAAAGAAGACAAAGCAAUGGACAGGAGUGAAUAUCAGGAAGUCUCUCCAUUGCAUUAUCAAAACGGGCAAAGCCAAGCACAAGGAAAUGCGAGUGAUGUGAGGAAUGGACACGGCGAUGCACAACAAACAGAUCAAGAUACGUGGACGAGAGUUGGACGGGGAUCGUUUAGACACGGUGCGAUGGAUCCGCGUCGUUGUUCGAUCGGCGCUCGGCGUCAAUCAAUCCCAAUCCUCCAUUCUGGAUCGAUGUUCCGUAAUGGAAUCAUCAAUUUAAUGGGAAAUACUCUGUCGGAGUUGCCGGAAGAUGAAAGCGAGCGGAGUUCAGUGGAUCGAGCCGCGAGAAAUCCUCCACAACCGCCUUGCUUGGACACUCCAACACCGGCUCUUCAACACAAACGACACUCUGUAAUCGAUGAAAUUAAAUCAUUAUUGGAAGAAGAAGAAGAGAAACCGUUGGAUAUGUCAUGGCCGGAUAAACCUUUAAAGCGAUUAACAUAUAUCUGUCUUGCUCCACUUCUCAUUCCGAUGUGGUUAACGAUUCCGGAUGUGAGAAAAGAAGGUGUCCGCAAAUGGUAUCCAGUGACUUUUAUCUGCUCGAUUUUAUGGAUUGCUUUCUUCUCGUAUUUGAUGGUUUGGUGGGCGAAUACAAUCGGAGAAACCCUGCAAAUACCUACUGAGGUGAUCGGCUUAACACUCCUUGCAGCCGGUACAAGUAUCCCUGAUAUGAUCACCAGUGUGAUUGUGGCACGAAAAGGUUUGGGUGACAUGGCCGUCUCUUCAUCAGUUGGCUCAAAUAUCUUCGAUGUUUGUGUGGGUUUGCCCGUUCCAUGGCUUCUCUACUUCAUCACUCAACCGAUUCUCCAUCCAGAUGCCGAAGAUUCGAUCUCUGUCUCAAGCAAAGGACUUCUCUGCUCUGUUGGAAUGCUAUUUUUGAUGUUGAUCGUUCUUGUUUUCGCGAUUUUCAUCUCAAAAUGGAGAAUGAACAAGGUCUUUGGCGUUUUGAUGAUCGUUUCCUACACAGCUUUCUGCAUUUUCUCAGUGAUGUUGGAAACAGAUCGAAUGCAUUGUCCACUCAAUUUUUGC